AUGCCUCACCGGACAACUUACUUCUUCCCGCGGCAAUUCCCCGAUCGUGGAUUUGAAUCGUUUUCGCAUAAAAACGAUCACGAGAAGAAAUCGUCGUCAAGCUUUGGGGAGAGUUUCGGAUUUAAAUCCAAUGGUGGAGAAGAUCAGAACAAGGAGAAGGAGACGACUGUCUUCUCCUCUUCCAAUUCUAUGCUCUCAAAGAGCUCCGCCGUUUCAGAUCUCUUAAGCGGUCUCUCAUCAGGCGUCGACGAUGGUCGUAAGUCGGAGAAGAAGCAGCAGCAGCAGCUAGCUGCUUUCUACGAGUGGCUCGCGGAGAAGAAAGCCAAUCUCUCUCGGUCGUCGUCGUCUAACACCGGACGCGUGAGGCCCACGCGCCUCUCUAUGUCCAGCGACGCCGACGAGGAGAGGGAGUUUCUGCUUUCCUCGUCGCCGGCUGAUAAUAAUAAGUCUCCGCUUCAUCAUCGUGCUGGUUCUUCGCCGGAUUCCAUUGUCGCGGCGUCGUCGUCUUCUUCUGCUCGAGCGAUCAACAUGAACGAGCGUAACAUUGACCGGAGCUUCGACAGGGAGGUGUCGCUUCCUCGAAUGUCGAGUGAGAGCAGCUUCGCUGGAAGCUUCUUCUCCGGGACGACGGUGGACGGGAAUUUCUCGACCUUCUCGAGCCCGACUGACGUGAGGGAAACCUCGACCACCACACGUGUCACCGUGACGACCAAGGAGGAACAAGAGAUUAAGGUUAGGGAGGAAAACAAAGAGGAAAGCUUGGCGCAGAAGUCAAGAGAAGGCUAUUACUUGCAAGUCACGCUUGCGAGGAGGCUAAGCUCUCAAGCAAAUCUUGGCGGUGAGUCUGUUCCUACACAGAGCACAGACACUGUCUCUUACCGUUUCUGGGUAAGUGGUUGUUUAUCGUACGGUGACAAGAUCUCAGAUGGGUUUUACAGCAUAUUAGGGAUGGAUCCGUAUCUCUGGUUGAUGUGUAACAACUCGGAGGAAGGAAAACGACUUCCGUCUCUUGUGUUACUGAAGGAGACUGAGCCGAGUGAUACAUCAAUGGAAGUGGUGUUGAUAGACACACGUGAGGACUCACGUCUUAAAGAACUUGAGGACAAGGCACAUGAGCUGUAUUGUGCUUCAGACAACAUGUUGGUGCUUGUCGAGAAGCUUGGCAGACUUGUUGCUGUCUAUAUGGGGGGGAAUUUUCAGAUGGAGCAAGGUGAUCUCCAGAAACGAUGGAAGCUGGUUAGCAAUAGAGUCAAGGAGUUUCGGAAAUGUAUCAUUCUUCCUAUAGGUAGUCUAACCAUGGGGCUUUGCCGGCACCGUGCCAUCUUGUUUAAGAAAUUGGCUGAUUACAUAGGUUUACCAUGUCGGAUAGCUAGAGGUUGCAGGUACUGUAAAGAGAGCCACCAGUCUUCUUGCCUUGUCAAGAUCGACGAUGACCGGAAGCUUUCAAGGGAAUAUGUUGUUGACCUGAUCGGGGAACCAGGAAAUGUGCAUGAUCCGGAUUCGUCUAUCAACGGUGGAACACAGUGUCAGAUUCCUUCACCUCUUCGGAUGAGUCAUCAUCUUAAAGAUUUUUGCAGGCCUUGCGUGCGUAGCGAAUCUCCUUGUAAAACUGAGUCAAAGGCUUCAUCAUGCGCUCUUUCUGAAAACAUUCAACGUUCAGGGAGUCAAGGCCAUGUACACAGAGAAAUUGAGUUGCCUGAUAUUGCAGCGACGGUAUGUUGUGCUCAUGCUGAUCAAACUUGCUUCUCAAAAGCAUCUUCAAUGGUUUCAACCGAAUCUAUCCUUAGUGCUCUACCACUUGAGAUACCAAAACUUAGUGAUGCCUCACAAGAAACUUGUUGCAAAGAGGAGACCAUUAGAUUAGAAGAUCCAGUUGAAAACGGUGUUAUCAAGAAUCCAAAGGCAGAUGUUUCAUCUGAACCAGAGAUAGCUGAAGCUGAGACUCGGAAAGAUAAAAAAGUGAGGUCACCUGUUGACGCCAUCUCACCAUACUUGACUAUUGAGCCUUCUUUGGCGUCAGAUUGGCUGGAGGUCUCAUGGGAUGAAUUGCAUAUCAAGGAGCGUGUUGGUGCUGGAUCAUUUGGAACUGUUCAUCGUGCUGAGUGGCAUGGAUCAGAUGUUGCUGUCAAGAUUUUGUCUAUUCAAGAUUUCCAUGACGACCAAUUCAGAGAAUUUCUCAGGGAGGUUGCAAUAAUGAAACGUGUGCGUCACCCAAAUGUUGUUCUCUUCAUGGGUGCUGUGACAGAGCGACCUCGCUUAUCAAUAAUAACAGAAUAUUUGCCAAGGGGCAGUUUAUUUCGUCUCAUUCAUAGGCCAGCUUCUGGAGAGUUGCUAGAUCAUAGGAGGAGGCUACGUAUGGCAUUGGAUGUGGCCAAGGGGCUCAACUACCUACACUGUCUUAAUCCUCCUGUAGUACAUUGGGACCUGAAAUCUCCAAAUCUACUAGUUGAUAAGAACUGGACAGUGAAGGUUUGCGAUUUUGGACUGUCCAGAUUCAAGGCAAACACUUUCAUACCAUCAAAAUCUGUUGCAGGAACACCUGAGUGGAUGGCUCCAGAGUUUCUUAGAGGAGAGCCGACAAACGAGAAAUCAGACGUUUACAGCUUCGGAGUAGUCUUAUGGGAGUUGAUUACUUUGCAACAGCCUUGGAAUGGACUCAGUCCUGCUCAGGUGGUUGGGGCGGUUGCGUUCCAGAACAGGCGGCUUAUAAUCCCUCCCAAUACAUCUCCGGUUUUGGUAACUCUGAUGGAAGCUUGCUGGGCAGAUGAGCCGGCUCAGAGGCCAGCCUUUGGUGGCAUAGUGGACACACUGAAGAAGCUACUAAAGUCUCCAGUGCAGCUGAUCCAAAUGGGUGGAGACAAAGGGGUAACUCCAGCUUGA